AUGGAGCGAGUGCAAACAGUGGUGCUGGGUGCUGGCGUGCUUGGACUCGCUUGUGCACGAGCCUUGGCCAAAACCAGGGAGGUGGUGCUUUGCGAGCUCAAUGCCGCAGUUGGGACAGGCAUAUCUAGCCGCAACAGUGAAGUAAUUCAUGCAGGCCUUUACUAUCCACAAGGAAGUCGCAAGGCCCUUCACUGCGUUCGCGGAUCUGAGAUGCUCCGCCACUUCUGCAAGGACCGUGACGUCAACCACAGCCUUUGUGGAAAGCUGGUGGUGGCCACAAGUGAGGCGCAGGUGGCACAGCUCAGGGUGCUGGAGGCCAAGGCGGCUGCCAAUGGUGUGAGGUUGCAGCGGAAAAGUCCAGCUGAGGUGAAGGAGAUGGAGCCAGAGGUCCACUGUGUAGAGGCCCUCUAUUCGCCGCGGACGGGGAUCGUGGACUCGCAUGGUUUUAUGCAGGCCUUGCUGACUGAUGCCGAAGCACGGGGCACCACGCUGGCGCUUCGUACACGGGUGCGGGGUGGAAGGGUCUAUGAUGCAGGUGUGCUUCUUGAGUUGGAAUCGGUGGACUCUGGAGACUUCUUCUUUUUGGAGGCCCAGGAGGUGGUGAAUUGCUGCGGGCUGGCGGCCCCACGGGUGGCGCAAAUGCUGGGGAUGGAGGAGAUUCCCAGAGCCUACUUCUGCCGUGGCAGCUACUAUGCUCUUCAAGGUGGCCUGAAACCCUUCUCUCGGUUGAUCUACCCUGUGCCUGAGCCGCAGACCAGUGGUCUGGGAGUGCAUGCCACCGUGGAUUUACAAGGACAAGUUCGCUUUGGUCCAGAUGUGGAGUGGCUGCCCAAUGAGAUUCGACCAGGGAAAGAGGUGGAUGAGGUCGCCUACAGUCCUCAGCAAGCCAUUGCCUAUGAAGUCGAUACCAACAGAAGCAAGUCCUUUUACUCAGAGGUGCGCCGCUACUGGCCGCAGCUGCCCGAGGGCUCUCUGGUGGCCGACUACGCUGGGGUGAGACCCAAGCUUUCGGGUCCAGGAGAGCCGGCAGCCGAUUUCCAGGUGGCCAGAUAUGGCAAGUUGGUGAACCUUUUCGGCAUUGAGAGUCCGGGGCUCACGUCCUCCUUGAGCCUGGCCCGGGAGGUGGUCCACCUGCUAGGUGCCAAGUCGAGCUGA